UCUGAGGAGGUCACGACUCCGUCGACACGACGCGCGCGCUCCUCCAGCCUCUCGCGGGCUUUUCGUGCCCCAAAAACCGGAGGGUUUAUAUUUAAUUUCUUUUUGGUGUCGUACUUUGUUGUUGUUGCUCGUGGAUUAAACGACGUGAAAAUGAUUUGACCGAGAAAUGAAAGCGCAGACCGGGACGAGUUCCGCGGAGAGACGAGGCGACGACGACGACUACACGGCGGAAAAAGUAGAGGUGGCUUGUGGAGCUACAGAUACACGAAGACUCUUAAGUGUUCCACAUGACUGCAAGGAGUGCUCCUUUAAUCCUCCCAGUGACGGUUUAACCAGCAUAACCAUCGGCCAUCUCUCGAGGCAGUGUCACCAACGGGCUGAGGCCAGGAGCAUGACCGAGCAGCAGGAGCAAAGCGAGGAGACGGGCCUGCUCCCAACACAGGACCUGGACCACUGCAAGGACGACGACGCACACGGCCACUUCAGGUUUCAGUUGAUUGAAGACCUUUCCUAUGAAGAUGUGAAGAAAUGUUACCGCGGCUCGACUGUCAGCAAGUACAACUCGCAGUACCACAAACUGUUCCAGUGUGUGCCCAAGGAUGAGAUCCUUAUGAAAGUGUACUCCUGUGCUCUUCUCCGAGAUAUUCUUCUGCAAGGCCGGCUCUACAUUUCCAGAAACUGGCUGUGUUUCUAUGCCAACCUGUUCGGCAAGGACAUCAAGGUGGCGAUCCCUGUUGUUUCCGUGAGGCUGGUGAAGAAGCACAAAACCGCGGGCCUCGUGCCCAAUGGCUUGGCUAUCACCACAGACACCGGCCAGAAGACAGGAUUUUGGAGCCGCUACAAUCCUAUGCUCGUCGGGAACGUUGUAUGUAUUUGUGUCUCUGCUAUCAAGAGACAGUGUAUACGACGUCCUGCGCAGGAUCUGCACUCACCUUCAGGUCAAUGGGAAGAGCCUGAGCUUGAAGCAGUUCCUGGAGGAGCCGACCUUAUCGCUGGACGAGUUCCCAGUUCCAGACGAGUUCCCAGUGGUCGACGAGUUCCCGUCAGUGUUAAAGUGGAGAGGAAACCCUCCGUGGCGUCGGUGUCGUCCUCCCUUCCGGACCUCCUGGGAAACUCCACCAGCAGCCUGAGCGCCGCAGACACACCCUUCAUAUCAGAGCAGCCGCUGGAAGAGCGAGCUCUGCAAACAGACAGGGGUCUUUUAUCAGAGCCACUGGCAGAACUGGGCCAGAUGGAGUACCAGCUGCUCAAGUUCUUCACCCUGCUUAUUAUUCUCCUCAUCCUGUCGUCCUGCUACCUGGCCUUCCGCGUGUGCAGCCUGGAGCAACAGCUGUCCUUCCUGAGUAACCCCAAUCUGCCCCUGAGAGAGAGGUAACCACUGCUCUUGGCUGUUUCUCUCCCCGUGCUUUGAGCUGACGAUGCCCUCCUGCACAGAUCCAGGACCAGCAUCAGAGCCCAGAGAAGAUCCACCAUCACCGUAGCAACAUGAAAGGAACACCCCGAGCCCAGGCCUCUUGACAGACCUUUCCCCCUCCGUGAGAAGACUUCCUAUCUAGUGAUCACUUCCAGACUAUGCAAACAGACUGUCUAUUUAUUUCUGAAUUCAGAGUAGGUUUUUACUGUAGAUUAUGAUUUUUCUCACUUCCGCCUUUCCUCUCGCGGACAUGUCAUCUUUCACCCCGUGACUCCGCAGCGGUUUGUGACGGCGGUGAGGUUUAGGAGUGGUGGUUGAGGCUCGAGGAGAGGUAGGAGGCAGGAGAUAAGUCAACGAGUGAAUCACUUGAAAAGAUAUUCGUGCUGUUAAUUUCAAACGUUUUCUGGCUGACGAGUUGACGAAACCAAAUGUGUGUUUGUCUUUCUGGUGAGAUCUUGCCAUUAGCCCUCAGUAGACGGCUAAAACAAACAACAAAAUGCACUUUUAAAAGAAAUAUAUGUCUACGUUAUUUCAAAUGUAUGUAAGUGUUUUCAGAGUUUAGAUCUAUUUUAUUCUUGAUAAUAGGUACUCAGUUGUCAUUAUUUUAGGAAGUUAUGUAAUGACCACAGAUACUUGACUGAUUGAAGUUACCUGUCAUUUGACUGUAAUAUGCUGAAGCGAUAACGCCCCUUGUUGGUGUGAUCUAUAAUGUGAAGGAGAUGGUUCAGGCAUCAUUUCUGUUUUAGCUGUAACAACCUGCUGUAUGAAAGGAGUUCCCAGGAUGUUUGUUUUUAUUUUAUACAUUUCAAUUCAAGUCACCAAAGAUUUAUAGAAAAAAGACAGUGAGGUUCAUGUGAUUAUAUUUUUGUCUCAUUGUAUAUUCUAUGAUCUUGCAGACAUGGGUGGAAUGUGGUCCUAGACUAGUUUGUGGUCCUAGAUUAGUUUGUGAAAUCCUUAUGAAUUAAAUUGGCAAGAAAAUGUAGACAAACAGAAAA